CUACGAAUUGCUUGUAGCAAUUUAUGAAAGUAAACAAAUCGUACUUAGUUCCUCACAAAUUUCCUUAUAAAAAGGGAACGUUUGGUAUAAAUAUCUAAAAUUGAGCAAGCCGAUCUCUUUAUUAAUUCUUGUAAUGACAUUCCCAUUACCCUCUCCACACUCAGUCUACACGUAAAUUGACCAAUAUCAACUCUCGUGUUGACCCACACAACAAUACAAAGAUCAAACCCAUUAUCCAUCAGGACCAUUACUCAUUCCAACAAAAGAAUAAGAAAAACAAAGAAAAUACAUACAAAAUGAAGGAGAAAAAAGUACUAGUAACAGGUGCAUCAGGUUUCUUAGGCAGCAAACUCUGCCACGCCUUACUCAACAAUGGCUACUCAGUCCGAGCUUUCGUCCGCCAUUCCAGCAACCUCUCUUCCCUUCCCACCACCUCUUCAUCUACCCACUUUGAUCUUUCCUUCGGCGAUACAACCGACUUUGUGUCACUCAUCACCGCCGUUUCCGGUUGCGACAUCGUCAUCCACUCCGCCGCUCUCGUUGAGCCUUGGCUUCCUGAUCCUUCUCGAUUCUUCACUGUUAAUGUUGGUGGAUUGAAGAAUGUGAUUCAAGCUUGUAAAGAAAGUGAAUCGGUUCAGAAGAUUAUCUAUACGUCGUCGUUUUUUGCUCUUGGACCUACUGAUGGUGGUGUCAUUGCUGAUGAGAAUCAGGUACACCAUGAGAAGUUCUAUUGUACAGAUUAUGAGAGGUCAAAGGUAGCGGCUGAUAAGAUAGCAUUACAAGCUGCAUCAGAGGAAGUUCCAAUUGUUGCAGUCUAUCCAGGAGUUAUCUAUGGUUCUGGCAAGCUUACGGCUGGAAAUGUUGUAGCUAAAUUGUUAAUUGAACGCUUUAAUUGGCGGCUACCUGGACAUAUUGGGCCUGGAUAUGACAAAUAUUCUUUUACUCAUGUUGAUGAUGUGGUGGAGGGACACAUAGCAGCUAUGGAAAAAGGUCGUCCUGGUGAACGAUAUUUACUUACUGGAGAGAACGCAUCAUUCAAGUAUGUUUUUGAUGCUGCAGCUAUCCUUACCAACACGAGUAAGCCCCGUUUGAGUCUUCCCAUGUGGAUGAUAGAGGCUUAUGGAUGGAUCUCGGUACUUAUAUCACGGGUUACUGGAAAUUUGCCGUUGCUCAGUCCCCCGACAGUAGCUGUGCUGCGGCAUCAAUGGGCGUAUUCAUGUGGGAAAGCAAAGAAAGAGCUUGGUUACAACCCAAGAAGCUUGAAGGAAGGCUUAGAAGAGAUGCUCCCGUGGUUGAAGGAUUCAGGCUAUAUAAAAUACUGAUCUGUAACAUUCAUCCAAACUCUCUUGUAAUUGCCAUGCUUUUGUAGGAUCUAAACUAAUCCACUAGUGCUUAAUGCAUUAAAGCCUUUGUGUGUGUUGUUGCCUGACUCUUUUCUGUAAAUAAAACUUGAGCCCGGUGUUUUUUUUGUUAAUAAGAAGAAAGAAAACAUUAGGAAACCAUUCUCCUUCUCUGAAAAUUCUAUGCUAGUCAUCCUUAAGAAUAACUACCAUUAUACUAAUUUAUUAUUG